GAAGCGGCGCCGCGGAAAAGCAGGCAUGGAGAGUAGAAAACUGAUUUCUGCUAUAGACAUUCAAUACUCGGGCAGUCUGCUGAACUACUUGAAUGAGCAACGUGGCCAUGGACUCUUCUGUGAUGUUACCGUUAUUGUGGAAGACCGAAAAUUCCGGGCCCACAGGAAUAUUCUUUCUGCUUCUAGUACUUACUUCCAUCAGCUCUUAUCAGUUGCUGGGCAAGUUGUUGAACUAAGCUUUAUAAGAGCAGAGAUCUUUGCAGAAAUUCUCAAUUAUAUCUAUAGUUCUAAAAUUGUUCGAGUUAGAUCAGAUUUACUUGACGAGUUAAUUAAAUCAGGGCAGUUGUUAGGAGUUAAGUUUAUAAUAGAGCUUGGUGUCCCGUUGUCACAGGUUAAAAGCAUCUCACAUACAGCUCAGGAUGGUAAUUCAGAAACCUUAUCUUCUGGUUCUAGUGACAGGAACCUUGAAGUACAAAAAUCAAAAGACAAAACCCAAGAUAAUGGGGCAACUAUAAUGCCUAUUAUAACAGAGUCUUUUUCCUUAUCUGCUGAAGAUUAUGAGACAAAAAAGAUUAUUGUUACUGAUUCAGAUGAUGAUGAUGAUGUUAUUUUCUGCUCUGAGAUUCUGCCUGCAAAGGAGACUUUGCCAAGUACCAAUGCAGUGGCACAGGCUACGCCUAACUCAGGCUCUGUUGCUAUUUCAGAUGUUGCACCUUGUGCUAGCAAUAACUCUCCUGCUUUAACAAAUAACACACCUCCUCAGAAACUUCCUACUCCUGUGAACCAGGCAACCCUGAGCCAAACACAAGCAAGUGAAAAAGUGCUGGUAUCUUCCGCCCAGACACAUCUGACUCCUAACAUCAUUUUGUUAAAUCAGGCACCACAUAAUACGCCACCAAAUGUCAGUCCUUCACUUCCAAAUCAUAUGCCUCCUUCAAUCAACUUACUUGUGCAGAAUCAGCAGACACCGAACAGUACUGUUUUGAAAGGAAACAAGGCCAAUGACAACGAGGAGGAGGAAAUUAUAGAUGACGACGACGACACUAUUAGCUCCAGCCCAGAUUCGGCUGUCAGUAAUACAUCUUUGGUCCCUCAGGCUGAUACUCCCAAAAAUACCACUUUUAAUGGAUCACUGGUACAGAAGAUGCAGAUCCCUACACUUCUGCAAGAGCCACUUUCCAAUUCUUUAAAAGUUUCAGAUAUAAUUACUAGAAACACUAAUGAUCCAGGUUUAGAAUCAAAACAUCUAAUGGAGGGUCAGAAGAUCAUUACUUUAGAUACAGCUACUGAAAUUGAAGGCUUGUCAGCUGCUGGCAAGGUUUAUGCAAAUAUUGAUGAAAAUAUUUAUGACAUAGUGAUCCCUGUCAAAGAUGACCCUGAUGAAGGGGAGGCCAGACUUGAGAAUGAGAUACCAAAAACAAUUAGCAGUGAGCCGGCCAACAAACGUAUGAAAGUAAAAUAUGAUGAUCACUAUGAGUUAAUAGUAGAUGGAAGGGUCUAUUAUAUCUGUAUUGUAUGCAAAAGGUCAUAUGCCUGUCUGACAAGCUUCCGGAGACAUUUUAACAUUCAUUCUUGGGAAAAGAAGUAUCCUUGCCGUUACUGUGAGAAGGUAUUUCCUCUUGCAGAAUAUCGCACAAAGCAUGAAAUUCAUCACACAGGGGAGCGAAGAUAUCAAUGUUUGGUUUGUGGCAAAUCUUUCAUCAACUAUCAAUUUACGUCUUCACACAUAAAGUCAGUUCAUAGUCAAGUUCCUUCUGGAGACUCAAAGCUUUAUCAUUUACAUCCAUGCAGGUCUUUACAGAUCAGACAAUAUGCAUACCUCCCUGAUAGGUCAGGCACUGUGCCUAUAAUGAAGGAUGAUGGUAUUGGGUAUAAGGUUGAUGCUGGGAAAGAACCUCCCAUAGGGACCACAUCCACUCCUCAGAACAAGCCAAUGACCUGGGAAUAUAUUUUUAUUCAGCAGGAAAAUGAUUCAAUUUUUAAACAGAAUGUAAUAGAUGGCAGUACUGAGUUUGAAUUUAUAAUACCAGAAUCUUAUUGAACUCCUUUGAAAUAUCAAAGUUUUGGUUUGGAUUAAGGGGCAGGGCUUUCAGAAGACCUAUAAAACAAAUUAAGAAAUU